ACAAACAGACUUUUUGUCGUUUUUUCUUGAUGUUUGAGACUUGAAGAUUUUCGUAAUUCUGCUUAUAUAACUGCCGCCGCUAUUGUUACUAUCAAUAAUUCUCUGUUGGAACGCCGAUAGUUGUUCGUCCUCCGUUUUUUUUCCUCUCCGUGUGACUUGCUUUGCUUCACGUUGAAUGUUAGAACAUGUCUUUCUUAUGUGCGCCGCACUCAGAUUGCAUUGUGCGGCGAAAGUCAGCACAGACACGAAUGCGUUUGUUAAUGCGCCAAGUAACAUUCCGUAUUGCAUUAAUAUGUCGUUCAUGUCGCAUGUAACAGUUACAUUGAGAUCCUUGUCCUUGUUAGCCGUUCUAUACAGAUGAUAAUUCUGUAGAAAUGGAAAUCGCCUCACUGUGAAGCGCGAGCAGUACGACAGCCGUCAAUAUGGUACUGAACACAUCAGACAUCGAUAACACGUAGAACGGCGACGUUUUUUUGUGUUUGCAGCCUCUUUGUAGUAAGAACGCAAGUGUGACAAAACUGGCCAGCAUCAGGAUGUAGCCUAUCACUGUAGAAUGCAUAUCGCGAGAGCACGUUGAAGAUGACGUUCGAUUGAAAACGUUAAAAACGUUUCCAAACGGGUGAAAGAACCGCACCUUAAGGUUGAUGGAAAUAAUCUGACUAAAGCCUCCGUUAGAACAAUUAUAUGGGUUCUUGCACAUUGAUGUGGGUACUCAGUUUAUGACUGACAAUAUGUCUGUGCGUCGCAAAAGCGAUCCGUCUAACACUCAGCGAAUUUGGGACACAAUCAAGGUUGCGGUACAUCAAAGGACUUUGCCCAACAAUGAUCGUAUGAUACGACAUCUCGUUCGGGUUUAUGGUUUGACAGAGCAAGAAGCUCAAGAGGAACUCGCCAAGACGGUCGAGGACGGUCUAGUUCUGGUGAAGAAAGUGUCCACGAAAAGCGGUAUCGAACAAGAAAGUUACAGAUUACCGCCAGUAGGCACAUCAGAGAAUGAUACUCACGAUUGGUAUUGUUGUAAAUGCCAAAAGGCAGGUGCGGUCGAAUGUUGCGAAAAGUGCCACAGAGUGUAUCAUCCGGAAUGUCAUGUACCUAGCUCUACAAAAUUGAAGAUUUGCAACUUUUGCGAGAAAAUAAAUACCGACGUGUAUCCCGACAAGACCGAGCUCAAUCACAUUCUCAGUUUCACGUGCGGCCACUUGAAGGCAAAAUUACCACCGGAGAUUACAAAUCGCACUAUUGUUUUUAACAACGGACCAAUUGUCACACCGCCCAAUGGCUUCUCCGGACCGACCUGGGUCAGCGAGGGCGAAGACGCAUGGCGACCGGGGAUUCUCAUAAAGCAUCACAUGGAUCUGGCGAUAAUGGAUGCUAAAACGAACAAAAAUGAGUACAACAAUCUGGCCGAAUUCGAGGCUGACGCCCACAAUAUCUUACACAACAUCUUAGUAUAUCACGGAGCUCACAGUGUGGUCGGGGAGAUGGGCAACACGAUGUAUCGCGACUGUUGUUACGAUCUUCAAGAAAUUCGCCGUUGCGCGGAUUGUUAUCGCAUAUCAAAUGAGAAAUCUGAAAAAUUUUGGUUCUGCAUACCAUGCGAUCCUCCUCAUCAAUUGGUUUAUGCAAAACAAAAGGGAUAUCCGUAUUGGCCUGCUAAAGUUAUGCAAGUUAACGGCAAUAUAUAUGACGUACGUUUUUUCGGAGGUCAUCAUAUGAGAGCUAACAUCGAGAAGGUCUUCAUUCGACCAAUCACAUCGUCGUUGCAAAGUCUACAGGUAAAAAAAUCCACGGCUUGGAACAGAGCCUUCGAAGAACUAAAACACCAUCAGAACUUGUUACAAAAGUUGGGCAAGAACAAGGAAGAUUCCGCAGAUGGCCCUACGUCUGCGAAACUGCGGAAGAUGGAAUCGAGUUCGAGGAACACGUCGCACAAUUCUAAUUCGCCAAAGCAACUGAUUAAAGACUUGAGAGUUAAAGUCGAACGCUUAAGUACAGACGGCAAUACCGAGACGCAAGCGAACGACGAAACCGAUAACAAAGACGACGCUCUGAAGACAAAUGACAAGGACGAAGAGAGCCAAGUGCCUUGUUUACCGGUAGCGGAAGAUGAACCAACUAGAGAGAUAACGAGCACGUGCCCGCAAGGUUUGAAGAAGGAAGGUUCACAGGAGGACAUGGUUACAUCAAGUUCGCAAGAACCGCGAUCGAAAUGCGUCCUCGUACAGACCGAACAAGUCCAAACGGAAACGCUUCCCACCAAGAUCAAACGAGAACGCAGAACUUCGGAACAGCCAACGGCAACAAUAACAACACUUGACAAAUUACGCCGUGAAUUAGAGCUUGAAAAGUGUAAGGAACUUGAAAGAUUGCAAGCCGAACAUGCCAAAGAAUUGCGACAAUUAACCGAGAGACAUCAACAAAUGGUAUCUGACAUCAAGAAAAAACAAUGGUGUUACAAUUGUGAAGCCGAAGCGAUAUAUCAUUGUUGCUGGAACACCGCGUAUUGCAGCACCGAUUGUCAACAAGUUCAUUGGCAGCGCGAACAUAAAAGAGUAUGCAGACGUAAACGUUAAUGAAUUAUAUUGAUUACCCAGUGUGUGCGUGCAUACGCGCGCGCAUGUUUGUGUUUAUGUGUACAUGUAUGUAUGUACGUAUGUGCGUAUGUAUAUGUG